CAUAUAAUUUUUUUUAAUUUGUACUCUUUCUUUGUUUUUAUGAGUUUGCUACCGAUCUGAUAUAAUAUUGUGAGAAAUAUAUCAAUAUUGGUGUAAAACUUUAAAAGAUGAUAAAAGGCAUAGUAAUAUAUAGUGGUAUUAGUUAAUCUUGUAAAAUUGUGGUGGCAAAAAACUAACUAAAAUGGCUAAACUAAACUAUUGGUGAUCAAUAUUUUUGGAUCAAAAUCAAUGUACCAUUGUAACUCACACAUCAUCUUUGGUAUUCCAUAUGCCUUUAUUCUUACACAUUGUAUAUCCCAAAGGGUGUCCCAAAACACUAAAGCCAACUUCCACUAUUCAUUCAUUUCUUUUUCCCCCUCUUUUCUCCCCUUUAAAUUCACAUCACUAUUUCAAUGUUCCUUACCUUUCCCUACUUCUCCCACUUUCUAUUAAAGAGUGAUGGGUCUUCUCUACCUUUCCUCUUUUACUCAUAAUGCAAAACUACUUUUUAAUGACAUCUUCUCUUACAAAACCAAACUAAUGGGAAUUCUCUUCUUGCAUAGCAAUAUCAUGGCAAAUCUCUCCUUUUCUCAGUCUAGUUUCUCUUCUAAUCCUCUUAUUUCUUGUAUUAUCACUCUUUUUAUUUUAAUCCUUAUAUAUUUCCCUCAUGUUUUGAUUAUCUCCCCUCUUUUAGUUUCUACUCUUAUCCUCGUAAUAUCACUCUUAAGAUUAGGCACUUCCCAGCAAAUCAAACAACAAGAACAAGAACUAGGCCACCUUAACUUUGGGCCCGGGCCCGGGCCCGGGCCUGAGUAUGAGUAUGAGAGUGUGGAGGUUAAUCAAAGGACAGGAAAGGUGGUAAUAUAUUCUAACGAAGAACAAGACAAGGUUAAGCCUGAGCCUGAGCCUGAGCCUGAGCCCGAGCCCAAGCCUAAGCAUGAUCAGAAGGUGGAAUUUGAUCGAAGGAAAGCAGAGAUGGCAAAGGUACAAUGUAGUGUGGCCCUAGAGCAUACUACCUUGAAGCCCGAACCCAAGCCCAAGCCUAAUCAUGUGGAAUUUGAUCAAAAGAAAGGAGAAAUGUCAAGGGUACAAUGGAAUAUUACCCAAGAGCAUACCACAAUAAAGGCCGAGCCCAAGCCCAAUCCUAAGCCCGAACCUAAGCUGGAGCAAUUUGAUCAAAGGAAAGGAGAGGCGGCAAAGUUACAAUGUAAUAUGGCGUUAAAAAAUUCCACAUUGAAGCCCGAACCCAAGCCCGAGCCUGAACAUCAUGAGAAGGUGGAAUUUGAUCAAAGGAAAGGAGAUAUGGCAAAGGUACAAUGCAAUAAUAUAAACGUAGAGCAUACCAUAUUUAAGCCCAAACCUUGGUCCGAAACCAAGCCCGGGCCCAAGCCCGAGCUGGAGGAAUUUGAUCAAAGGAAAGGAGAAAUGGCAAAAGUACCAUGCAACAUAGAAUAUAUAGCUCUAGAGCACACCUCAUUUGAGCCCGAACCCAAGCUUGAAGUAAAACAAGUCCAAGAGAAGGAAGUUGAUCAUACACUUUAUAGUUUGACUAGGAGCCAGUGUAUGGGCUGGGUUGAGCCCGAGCCUGUACCCGCGUUCGGCCCGAACAUUUUCCUUGAAUGGGAUGUUGGUGCGCCACUAGAAGUGAUAUACGAAGCGUACGAAGGAGAGGAAGAAGAAAACGAUGCGUUUUUGUGUAAUGUAAGUUAUACGGAUGGAGAAAUAAUUGAGAAGUACGAGUAUUACCCGGAAUCAGAUUCGGAUUCAGAUUUGGAUUCAAAUAGUUCGUCAAAAUUAUGGUUUGAUGAAAGAGAACAAUUAAUUGAAAUAGCACUAGAUUAUGGGUAUGGUAACAAAGGGAUUAAUAAUAUGAUAACGAAACCUACUACUACUAAUAAUAAUAAUAAUAAUAGUUUAGUUGAUCAUGAAGAAUUUCUUUAUGAAGAGGAUGAUAAUUUAAUAGAAAUUGAUAUUUCUCCCACCAAAUUUAUGUAUCGUGACUUUUUUUGAUGAAAGUUAUAUUUUGUGUUUUUGGGUUUAA